AUGCCUAUUGGUGUUCCAAAAGUUCCCUUUCGAAGUCCUGGAGAGGAAGAUGCAUCUUGGGUUGACGUAUACAACCGACUUUAUCGAGAAAGAUUACUUUUUUUAGGCCAAGAAGUCGAUAGCGAGAUCUCGAAUCAACUUAUUGGUCUUAUGGUAUAUCUCAGUAUCGAAGAUGAUACCAAGGAUUUAUAUUUGUUUAUAAAUUCUCCUGGCGGAUGGGUAAUACCCGGAGUAGCUAUUUAUGAUACCAUGCAAUUUGUGCGACCAGAUGUACAUACAAUAUGCAUGGGGUUAGCUGCUUCAAUGGGAUCUUUUAUCCUGGUCGGAGGAGAAAUUACUAAACGUUUAGCAUUCCCUCACGCUUGGCUAAUGAUUCAUCAACCCGCGAGCUCUUUUUAUGAGGCCCAAACGGGAGAAUUUAUCCUGGAAGCGGAAGAACUUUUGAAAUUGCGUGAAACCCUCACAAGGGUUUAUGUACAAAGAACGGGCAAACCCUUAUGGGUUGUAUCCGAAGAUAUGGAAAGGGAUGUUUUUAUGUCAGCAACAGAAGCCCAAGCUCAUGGAAUUGUUGAUCUUGUAGCGGUCGAAUAA